AUGCAUAUUAUAGUUGCUGCUCUGAUACUACAUACAGGGUUCGCCACGGCAAUUCAAACCUUCAUGAAUUAUUCUGGCCCGGAUACAGUCACUAAGGUAGCUGUGAUCGGCGCAGGUGCUGGGGGCUCUUCGGCAGCCUACUACCUUCAAAAAUUUACUUCACAUGGAUAUAACAUUACAAUUUUCGAAGAUAAUGGCUAUAUUGGGGGAAGGAGCACAACAAUCAAGAACUAUGAUCCUAAUUACCCUUUUGACAUCGAACUAGGGGGAAGUGUCUUUGUAGAUGCCAACAAAAUAUUAUUCAAUGCUGCAAAGGAGUUCAAUUUAACAACAAAACGGGACAAUUUAAGGUCGCAAUAUCCAAAACUGUUCCAUGGCACAAUCGGUGUAUGGGAUGGAACUGACUUUGUUUUUACACAGAGUGCAUCCGAUAGUGGUUUAUUCAACAAAGCCAAGCUUUUUUUGAAGUACAAGCUUUCACCUUUAAGGACGUACUUUUUGGUCAAAAACUUCAUCCAAGACUUUUUAAACGGUUUUUACGAUAAGUAUUUUCCGUUCGAACUUGAUUAUGCAGCUGGGCACACACAACUUGGCCCAGUGGCCAAUGUGACUGGCGCAAGCUUCUUGGAAUCUCACCAUGUUUCUAGCCCCUUUGCAAAGGAGAUAAUCGAGGCCGCGACGCGUAUGAAUUAUCGGUCAAAUGUGGAUGAUAUACAUGCUGUUGAAACUCUUGUAAGUCUUGCAGCAGACGAUACAUAUCAGGUUGAAGGCGGAAAUUAUUUGAUCUUCGAGAAUUUCAUUGCCAGAUCCGGGGCCAAUCUAUUGCUCAACUGUGUUGCUCAGAGUAUAUCAAGCAUUGAAACUGGUUGGAACGUUGAAUACUCGCAGGGAGGCAGUGAUACGCAGUCAGAUACUUUCGAUCAAGUAAUUAUUGCCGCACCAUUCCACCUAUCAAACAUCACCUUGAAAGGAGACAAUAUUGAAGGCAUAGACGAAGUUCCAUACAGGACUUUGCAUGCGACGUACGUGUCAACUUCCAGGACGACACCCAUUAACAAUCCAUAUUUUGGAAAUGGCAGUAUUCCAGAAAUGAUAUUAACUAAAUCAAGUUUAGUGGAUGUUCCGUUUUUCAGUAUCAGCAUUGUCUCCUAUGAUCCUCGAAACGACACAAUUAUAUACAAGUUGUUCACUGCAAGCCCCGUGGAUGAGAAGUUUCUGCUUAGAUACUUGUUCGACAAUGAAACUCCGUUUCAAAUUGUGUAUUCAAAGGUCUGGAAGCCAUACCCACAUUUGGUCAGCCGUCAGUCCUUUGGAAACUUCCAAAUUGGUCAAGGGUUGUGGUACUUGAAUAAUUUUGAACCACUGAUAAGUACUAUGGAAACGUCGUGCCUGGCUGGCGCCAGUGUCGCUGGCCUGAUGUCGAUUGGUAGGAACACGACAGCGAUAAAGGUGCCAUGA